ACUUUGGCGGCCGCUUAGCGCACUUUACAAAUUGCGCCUGAACGUGUUUGUUCCUGUGCUGCGGCUGUGUAAGUGGAUGUUGGGUUCAUCGCGAGCUUCUCGUUUACGGUAGUCAUCGAGCGCGUGUAUGUUUGCUUGGUUGGUUCUAGCAGCAUCGUGUAUUUGAUGCCUUGUGACUUGCUAGAGCUGCAUCUCGGAGGAAUUCGGAGCGCCCGACGAACGGGACGGCACCGCGCUCGUCCUGGCUGGAACAAGGAGACUGCCCAUGACGAUGACUUGAGAGACAUGCCAUUGACGCCCACAAUAUGUAUGAAAGGACCAGGUCUCUUUAAGGCAGAAAUGUUCACUGUCUGUGUGGAUGGUGCUGCUAUCUUGACCACUCAGCGGGCUGCAGCUUUCAAAGUCAUGUUUCUCUUAUACUUCGUUCUUAACAUCGAGUAUCCACCUGAAGUGGCUUUGACAUUGGAGUUUGUGCAGACGGCAAUCGCAGGAAUCAACCCAGAAAGAAGCACAAAGGCACGACGAACGUCGAAGAAGCAGUAUUGUUUGUCGCCAAAAGUGGCUGCCUUGGCGAAUGCCCUGGAUAAAUACAAGUUCUAAGCUUGAGUUUGAGUUCUAAAUAAAGAGUAAAAUUUGGAAUGUCAAGCUGUUGCCUUUAA